GGCACAACAAAGAUGCAUAUAUGUAAAGUAGCGUAAAACUUGUAACACGAUUAUUUCGCUGUGCCUUAUGUGCUCAGCUGCCAUAUUAAUUCAAACUGCAUCACACAAGGAAAUCAGAACAUGACACUAAUGGUGUGUGUCUGUGACUAUUGGCAACACCGCCACUACUACAAUCGUAGGUCAAUUCAGCAAGCGGCUGGUGACGCCGGCAAGGGUAAGGAUAACUUCGUACGUCGACUGCCAUUGCAGCUAGAUGCCAUCACUGCCAACUACUGGCUGCGUGAGCUGCUCCAACAGAAGGUGCUGAGUGAAAGGCUAGAGCGUGAGCAUGGCGUUCAGCUGUUAUGGUUAGCAUUGUGUCCGCCAGAGCGCGACACAAUCGACUACAAGUGGUCGGAUAUGUUGGCCCAUACAAUAUGGGAACACAUUGAAGUUGAGCACUUGAUGUCCUGGCUUUCCACACUAGGUGGCGGCUUCUCAGCACUGGGCGAACAGUUUGAGAGAUGUGCCGAGACGGCUGGCAAAAUCUCGCUGCAACAGCUGACGAUUGGUCUGCGUCUGGGUGAUCCGUUCCUGCAAGCGCGUUGCAAGCUAUACUACAGCAUAUCGUUAAUCCAGCGCGGCCAACUGCGCCAGGCCAAGCAUCUAAUCCGCACCCAAUACCGAUUUGCGCUCCAGCACAAGGAGUUCGACCAGCGCCUAAUGCGCAUGUGCCUCGGGAUUUGGCUGCGUCUGCGAUUUGAGUAUGAGGAGCGCAGGAGUCGUCGAGAAUUGGAGCACCCUUACUGAUAUAUAUAUAAAUAUACGUAUGUACAUUCAAUCUGUUUGAUGUUGGAUUAGGUUUAUGCAUAAAAUGGAAUUGUUCUUGGUUAACCGAUAGUCUUUAAGCUGCAAAAUAUACAAUUUAGAAAUUCAAAAUAUGCAUUCAAUAUACAUUAUUUUUAUUUAAUAUUGUAUGUGUGUAUAUGUACGUAUCAAAUGCAUUUUAACAUUUCAACUGCACUUGCUGUGCCGGCACCAAAACACGCACAACGUUCUCAUCCUCAUUUCAGAACAUCCAAAUUUUGUACUUAAACUACGCAGUUUUGUUUCUAUGCAAAUAGUUGUAUAUGUAGAUUAAUUAAUAUGCUAACAAAAAAAGAAUUGACGUCACGAGUAUGUAUGUAUACAUAUGGCUACAGACACAUCCAUAAAUUAACAUAAAUAUUAAGUUGUUCAGUUCUUUUCAAAUAUAUGUUCUCAACUGCCUUUAAUAAUUUCAAUUUAAUGUAAUGAAGCGAAGAGAUUCGGCUAAAAUAAAACUAGAUAAUAAAGUUUGAGCAAUAAUAAAUUGCGAAAUGUGAAAUUGGUUGAAGAAAG